GUCUUCAUUCUGAUCAUCUGUCUCUUGGGGCACCUGGACCUUGACCCGACGACAGAACAGCCGUAUGAAGUCCUGGAGUUCUUUGCCGGGAGUGCCAGAAUUGCAAGACUUGCCAAGUUCAUAGGCCUUUCGAGCACGGCCCUAGACAAGAGCUACUGCGAUGGUGACAACAUUGAUUUGACGAAUUGCAUGGACAUCAACACCGAUGCUGGGACUUAUCCAGCUGCCUUCGCCGGCAAGUUGCUGAAGCUGAGGCUGGAGUUCAUUUCCCGCCGCCCGGUCCUACCGAAGGAAGCUGAUGCCCAGGGUCCAGCAAUUCAGCUUAUUGCUUGCCUUCCUGAAGCAGAGGAUGAGUGUCUGGAUGCUGAACUUUAUACCGUCUACAAGUAUGCUAGGUCUAGCCAGUUCCUGCAAAUUCCAGAGGAACUCAAGCAGUUCCUGCAUUUGUAG